AAACGCAUGAACAUAAGAAAUAAAAUGUUCACUGUUUGGGCUAAACUUUAACAACGAGUGCCAUAAUAAGACAACUUUACACAUUCUUAUAUUGUAGAGUGCGGUAAAUGAAAAGUUUCCCUGUAAUAAUGAAGACUUCAAGUUCAGCUCAACUCUCUCAAUUCCUGCUAUCGUUUUUCUUACAUUGAAUAUGAAUGAUCUCUCUAAUGAUACCGUGUUUACGCGUGAAAAUAUUUCGUGUGGCGUAAUUUAAGAUUGUGAAUUGCCCAUUCAAAGAUUAAAGACUAAAACAACGAAAGGAAAUUAAUUAAAGCGAGUUGGACUGAUGACGAGCCUCUCUCGUGAACUUGCCUGUAGUGCGCAUGCGUGCGAAGGUCGGCUUCCAAAGCGCCUAUGGAGACCAUCACUUCCUUCAAGAAAAAAAUAAAUGCGGUUCUCACAGUGAUGAAGUUUCGGCAGAGAGUAACUUUUCAGAAGCCAAAAGUUUUUAUUCGUUGUUGAGGCGCAACUUGAUUCCAGUCUUCUUUUGCCCUUGAUGUGACCAAAGCGUGACCCUUAACCCUGCCGCACUUCAGCCACGCCCACUAGCAACGGCCUGGCUACACCCCCUCCUGGCUCCGCCACCCCCUCCCCCACCUCCUCGGACAUCUCCACCUCAGCGUCCACCAUGUCCAGUGGCGUGGUCGCCCCCUCGGCUCUGUCCGCCGACACGUCAACAGCAGGCUUCACUUCCGGCGGUGGCGGAAGCGGCGGAACUUCGCAGCGCGCGGCGGCGGCGGCAGGCCCGCGGAAGAACAGCGCGGAGCGGAGCAUCAAGCACACGCGCAUGGAGGACGAGGUGGUGCAGACGGAGUACACCUUCGGCGAGAUCAUCGGUGAGGGCUCCUUCGGCAAGGUCUACAAGGCGCAGCACCAGCAGUCGGGGGAGACAGUGGCCAUCAAGGAGAUUGUCAAGGAAAAGAAAAUGUACCUGAUCAUGGAGCUGUGCACGGGCGGGGACUUGGCCAGACUGCUCCAACAACGCACGAGCCUGACCGAGGCGGACACCAAGACUGUCAUGUCCAGUCUGGCCGAGGCCAUCAAGUACUUGCAUCAGCAGGGUGACAGAUUUUGGGCUAUCCACACAGCAGAACAACAACUCGUAUGAGAACAUGCAGGAACAGUAUUGUGGGACCUUGUCGUACAUGGCUCCAGAAAUGAACUCAACCUAUUCCUACCCAGUAGACGUGUGGGCCAUGGGCAUCAUCAUGUACUACUUAUUAACCCGAUAUCCAAAGGACAAUGUACUGAACGAAUCGCUAUCCAAAGAAGGACCAAAGUUUGAAGAGCCUCAAUGGAAGAACAUCAGUGCUCAAGCCAGAGACCUCCUGAAAGAAAUGCUCACAAUAAACCCUGCCUACAGAGUGGCUUCCGGGGAGGUGCUUAACCAUGAGUGGUUCACGGGCAAGAAACGUGAACACGGAAAUGUUUUGGAGUUGAUGAGAGAUUUUGGCAGAGAGCAGAAGGAGAACAACAAUCCGUCGUCAAAUUCCGUGGACAGCGACGGAGGUUCGGCAAGUGCAAUAAACAGUGUGAACUCUGAGGCCUCUGUCCCCGUCGUUGUCACACCAGACACCAGUUCAUCGUCGAAAAAGGAGCAGAGGAAAGGUUCCGGUGGCAAGAAGGGAAGCGCUGGAGAUUAUAACCGUAUGUCUCCCAGCUCUGGCCUCCUCAAGCCAAAUAAGACAAAAGGAAGUUCCCAGCUGAAUACUCCCUCACCACGCCCAAUGAGCAAAACGCCUACUCCAAAGGGGAGCAACUGUGAGAACAUAUCCAAGUCAUCCACUGCAGCUACAAAGACAACGGUCGGUGGCAAUACAACCAGCACAAAACUGCUCAGUACUUCCUCUAAUGGAGCGUCCUCAAGCAAAUCCUCGCCAGCCAAUUCCAGAAUUGCCUUAAACCAGAAAGUAAAGAAGAAAUGACAGAGAGGCGUAUCUUGUGACUGUUGAUUUUUGUACAGGUUGUGAGGAUCACCUAAGUCGUUUUGUUCUGUUCAUCAACACUUCCGUUUGUCUCAUCUUUCAUUUAAACGGAAAUUGUUUCUAUAUAUAUAUAUAACCUUUGCCAACUUCAGUAGCUUACUGAACUGUUUACUGACUGGGUUUUGUAACUCUUCAGUGUGUCAUGGUUACAAAUGGCAUAAAGCUACUCACAUAGUUUGACAUAAUAUGUGUAUUUGAAAUGUGGAGAGAUGUGAUUUGUGUGUGUGUUUGUGUGUGUGUGUGCAUAGCAAAAUUCAAGCAUUAUACUAUAAUUUAUAGGACAGAAUACUAUGCUCUCAUUUUAUGAAUAUCGUUGACUGUGUUUUAAUUUCAUUCAAUGUCAAGAUCUAUGGAAACUCUGAAAAAAACUUAGAAUGAGGUAAUUUUCCAAGUACUCUCAGAUGCUUUAUUUUGCUCUUGCUACUUCAGCAGCACCUAACAAAGGUUCAAAAUUAUUCUCAGUUGGGAGAUAAAUGCAAAUUGCUGGGGAUUAAGUGUGGUAAUAUUUUGUCAGGUCUGAUAAGGAAUCUCAACAUGUCAAAUUUUAUUAUCUCUUCUCAGUGCUCUUGAACUCUUAUAUGGGGUACCUAUUGGGGGAUCGGGUCUGGUUGGGGCGGUUAGUUAGCCAGAUUGAGGGCGCAAAGCGGCUAUCGUGGCAUUGGUCAAUCGGGCCCGACACAUCACCUCAAAAACAAACGCGUUCAGGCGACGAGUGGGACGAUUGCCCCUGACCAGACCCAACCCAACCCGAUCCCAUCCACAAUGAGCACUCCAUAUUAGGGAGUUGUAAGAACUCUCCACCCACUGUGACCCAGGGUCUGUGGUGUAGUGGUUAGGUGGUUAGCUGUUGCAUGCAGAAGAAGUGAGUUUGAUUCCAUAAUGGG